AUGGUCAUGGCAGUGUGGUUUUUGACCCUGUCCCUGGACAAGGAAGAAUCUCAUCUAAAAGCCCCCAUGAGAGACGAUAGGAGGAAAGGCCACACCGACGAGCUCAAGUUUGCUGUGGAAGGUCUCCCUCUCUCUUCGAGUGGCAGAGCAUCCUCAGUUGCGCCUUUCCAGUGGCCUGUGGAAACACUGGUUGCCGCCUUCAGUGAAGCAGCAUUCAAGUGCGUGUUUUCCACUGCCAUCACUGGGUUAGGAUGGUUAUUCAGCUGGCUUCCUGCCUGGUGUCCCACAUCACUGCUACACCUUAAAGAGGCUGAGGACAAAAUGCUAAAAUGUAUUGCAAGCACAUACAGUAAACGAUAUGUGUAUAUAUCUAAUGGAAAUAAAAUAUGGACACUGACAUUCUCUCCGGACCUUUCGCGCAAAACUCCACUUGUUCUCCUGCAUGGGUUUGGAGGAGGUGUUGGACUGUGGGCUCUCAAUUUUGAAGAUCUCUGUGAGAACAGGACCGUUCACGCUCUCGACCUUUUGGGAUUUGGACGUAGCAGUAGACCACACUUUGACACUGAUGCUCGGGAAGCGGAAAAUCAGUUUGUGGAAUCCAUAGAAGAAUGGAGAAAGGAGGUGGGGCUAGAAAAAAUGAUUUUACUUGGACACAAUCUAGGUGGAUUCCUGGCUGCUGCUUACUCACUGAAAUACCCAUCAAGGGUCAAACAUCUUAUCUUAGUGGAGCCAUGGGGUUUUCCAGAGAGGCCUGACAAUGCUGAACACGAAAGACCAAUUCCAAUCUGGAUCAAAGCACUAGGAGCUAUAUUGAGUCCAUUUAAUCCAUUAGCUGGGCUAAGGAUAGCAGGACCCUUUGGAUUAAGCCUUGUUCAGCGUUUAAGACCAGAUUUCAAGCGAAAAUACUCAUCAAUGUUUGAUGAUAACACUGUGGCUGAAUAUAUCUAUCACUGCAACGUACAGUCACCCAGUGGUGAAACAGCUUUCAAGAACAUGACUAUUCCUUACGGAUGGGCAAAAAGGCCGAUGCUGCAACGGAUUCCACAGAUGGAUGGAGACAUUCCUAUCACUGUGGUCUAUGGAGCACGUUCAUGUAUAGAUGGCAAUUCUGGCAGCACUAUCCAGUCUCUGAGACCAAACUCAUAUGUGAAGACAAUAGCUAUCCUUGGUGCAGGUCAUUAUGUGUAUGCUGAUCAACCUGAAGACUUCAAUCAGAAAGUGAAAGAUAUCUGUGAUUCUGUGGACUGACUGUCUUCUGUUCUUUAGAAAGUCAUACCGUAGAUAGCAUUUAAUAGCAAUACUCUCUAGGAAAUCACUAAGGAAUGCGGAGCUAAUGGAACAGGCUCUGUUUGCACACUGUUUCUUCUAAGAAGCCAUUUGCAAACUUAAACCACUUAGUGCCUUUUUGGGGGGUAUAGGGAGAUUUGAAGCAAACAGCUUUGUUUGAGAUUGGUCUUUAGAUUAUUCGCCUGUUAUAUAUGAAAUUACAUAUAACUUUUUAAACUGGAAUUUUCUUCAAAAUGUAAUUGAAUUUUGCACAUGUUGAACUUCUAAAGAUGCUGAAUUCUCCCCUAACACAGAGAACUGUAUUGAUAUAGAUACAAUGUAUAAAAUGCAAUUUGGUUUCUUUAUAAAAGUUCAUAU